AUCAGUUGCAAGGGGAUGACAGAGCGCAUUCAUAGCAUCAACCUUCACAACUUCAGCAAUUCUGUGCUCGAGACCCUCAACGAGCAGCGCAACCGUGGCCACUUCUGUGACGUGACGGUCCGCAUCCACGGGAGCAUGCUACGCGCCCACCGUUGUGUGCUGGCGGCUGGCAGCCCCUUCUUCCAGGACAAGCUGCUGCUGGGCUACAGCGACAUCGAGAUCCCCUCAGUGGUGUCAGUCCAGUCUGUGCAAAAGCUCAUUGACUUCAUGUACAGCGGGGUGCUGCGGGUCUCACAGUCGGAGGCCCUCCAAAUCCUCACAGCUGCCAGCAUCCUGCAGAUCAAGACUGUGAUUGAUGAGUGCACAAGGAUUGUCUCGCAAAAUGUGGGAGAGGUCUACCCGGUGAUUCAGGAUUCUGGCCAGGAGACACCCAGGGGAACACCCGAAUCAGGCACCUCGGGGCAGAGCACCGACACAGAGUCUGGCUACCUGCAGAGCCAUUCGCAACACAGUGUGGACAGGAUCUAUUCGGCCCUCUACGCCUGUUCCAUGCAAAAUGGCAGUGGGGAGCGCUCCUUUUACAGUGGAGCUGUGGUCAGCCACCAUGAAACAGCCCUGGGGCUCCCCAGGGACCAUCACAUGGAAGACCCCAGCUGGAUUACCCGGAUUCACGAACGGUCGCAACAGAUGGAGCGGUACCUCUCCACCACUCCAGAGACCACACACUGCCGCAAGCAACCACGCCCUGUCCGAAUUCAAACCCUGAUGGGCAACAUCCAUAUUAAGCAGGAGAUGGAGGAUGACUAUGACUACUAUGGCCAACAGAGGGUGCAGAUCCUUGAGCGCAAUGAGUCUGAGGAAUGCACUGAGGACACUGACCAAGCAGAAGGCACUGAGAGUGAGCCCAAAGGGGAGAGUUUUGACUCGGGAGUCAGUUCCUCCAUUGGCACUGAGCCCGAUUCCAUGGAGCAGCAGUUUAUGGCUGGUCUGGGCCGGGAUGGGCAGCAAGAACCUUCUCAAGCGGAUCAAAAUGACGUCCCUGCUGAUGGCACUCAGCCGCAGCAGCAGCAGCAGCAUGUAGAUGCCAACUCUUCCUCGCCAGAGAGAAGCAAUGACGUUGAAAUGGACAGCAAAGUGCUCACAGUCAAUAACAGCACCGAAAAGGGGGCUUUGCAGCCUUCUGUCAACACAACUGUUGCCCAACCAUUGCCAACCACACAGAUCUACUUACGCCAGACAGAAACCCUCACCAGCAAUCUGAGGAUGCCGCUGACUCUGACCAGCAACACUCAGGUCAUUGGCACAGCUGGCAACACCUACCUGCCUGCCCUUUUCACCACGCAGUCUGCUGGGAGUGGCCCUAAGCCUUUUCUCUUCAGCCUGCCCCAGCCUUUAGCUGGCCAACAGACACAGUUUGUGACAGUGUCCCAGCCUGGCCUGUCAACCUUUACUGCCCAGCUGCCAGCCCCACAGCCCUUGGCCCCAUCUGCGGGCCACAGCACAGCAGGUGGGCAAGGCGAAAAAAAGCCUUACGAGUGCACUCUCUGUAACAAGACUUUCACCGCCAAACAGAACUACGUCAAGCACAUGUUUGUACACACAGGUGAGAAACCCCACCAAUGCAGCAUCUGUUGGCGCUCCUUCUCUUUAAAGGAUUACCUAAUCAAACACAUGGUGACGCACACUGGCGUGAGGGCGUACCAGUGCAGUAUCUGCAACAAGCGCUUCACCCAGAAGAGCUCCCUUAAUGUGCACAUGCGCCUCCACCGCGGGGAGAAGUCCUACGAGUGCUACAUCUGCAAGAAGAAGUUCUCUCACAAGACCCUGUUGGAGAGGCAUGUGGCUCUGCACAGUGCCACCAACGGCACGCCUGGAGCCACCGGCACCGGCGCAAGGGCUGUCCCUGCCGGGGUGGUGGCCUGCACGGAGGGGACCACGUACGUCUGCUCUGUCUGUCCAGCUAAGUUUGACCAAAUCGAGCAUUUCAACGACCACAUGAGGAUGCAUGUGUCAGACGGAUAA